AUGUCACAGCAGAAGCCACAAUCGUGGGAGUCUUUGCAGGCUCCCAAAUGCUCCCUUCCCCAGGAACCACACCCCUCCCUGGCUCCCAGCUCCGACCCUUGCUGUGCUCCCUGUUCAGGAGGCUGUGGUUCUGGUCCCCAGAGGUCCCGGACUCAGACCCCGGCCACUACUCGGAGGGCUAGCAGAAUGCCCCGCUGCCUCAGGGGUGGCACGGUCUACCACAUCAAAGAGGAGGAGUGUUGA